AUGGACUGCUGCGGAUUGGGCGGACGGGUGGCGACCGGCGGGGCGCAGGCGUCGAUGGCUCGCGACUUUGAGCUCUCUGAGCCGACGGCGGGCGGGAGUGGGUACCGGGCGCAGGUGCGGGAGGAGUUUGCGGCGACGAUGCAGGCGGCGAGCGACUUGCUCACGGCCUCGUUUGACCUGGACAAUGCCGAGCACGUGGCGCUGGCCGGCUCGCUCUUUGCGGCCGUGUUCCCGGACGAUCGGCUGCCGUCGGACCUGGUGACCCGCAAGUGGAAGGAGAUGGGCUUCCAGCGGCAGUACCCCGUGUCGGAUCUGCGUGCGUCGGGACUUCUGGGCCUCUGGCUCCUUGAUUGGUUUGCUACCAACUACCACGACGCCUUUCUCGACCUGGUCAAUACCCAUCGCCCCCGCGAUGACAUCCACUACCCUGUCGCCGCCGCCGGCCUCAACAUCGCCGCCCUCGUUGCCGACGUGCUUCAGCUUCGCAUCGGCAUCAGCUAUGCCAUCCGCACUCCGAUCUAUGACGAGCUCGCCUCGUGGAUCUCCUCGCUUGACGACCUCGGCGAGUUCUUCUGCUCGCUCUUUGUCUACUUUGAGGAACGGUGGCAUGCCGACGGUGCAGACUACAUGGCGUUCAACGCCCAGCUUGCCAAGCUCCGCUCGCGCCUCCUCCAAGUUAUCCCGCGCAAGAACCUGUCCGGUGAGGCCCUGGAAGCCACGCCGUUCUCUCGCGUCAUCCUUGACGAGCGGCUGUAUGACGAGUCGCUCGAGGUGCCGGCCGUCGACGAGGGCUCGUGCACCAUACUGUGA